GUUCGUGAAGGCUCACAUGGAAAAUGCAUUCCGCUCAGGUCAUUGGCCAUCAGACGCUCAAUACUGAGAACAUAGAAAGGGAACUCUUUUAAACCUAUUUGAUAAGGAACUUGUAUCUGUGGUCAAUAUAACCACAUCAACCUGUUUCAUCCGUGGAUAUUGGUUGGAGAGGAGGAGACGAGGGACAUACAUUUUUCUUAUGGAGUUUUGUCUGAGUAAAUAUAAGGUAUAGUCCACUUGAAGAGUUUGGGAACCCUGUUUUAAAUGACUAAAAUGUCAAGGGAGUGGAGGAACGAUGGCUCUCUAUCUCCAUUACCUGAUGCAGUCGAGGGGUUGAUGAAAGGCAGUUGGAAUAUGAGUAUGGACCCCAGGGAUACCUACCCUACUACCAGGGGCUGUCUCCGGACAGAAUGUCCUUGGUGGAUGAGAUGGAAGAGGAGUGCUAGUAUACUGAGGAGGUUUUUGCCUGAUGUAUGGAAGCCUCUAGUGCCAUUACUCAGCUAUGGUGCCACCCUAUUGGUCAUGGUGUUGUAUGCCCUGGCAGAUCGGCUCCGCAGCUUUGUUGCUGAUAUCUUCAUUCCCCAGUACCACUACCAGUUUGCUGUACCAAUCACAUUUGUCCAGGUGCUGGUGACCCUGCUAUACUUGCUGCUCCUCCAUGCCAUGAGCCUGGCACCACUGAAGCCCUACUCUUUGUCUCUGGGUGAACGCCUGCUGGUGCCUUCUGUCUGUGGCAGUGCCCAAACUGUGCUGGGUGUGUGGGCAGAGGCCAGUGCCCACUCCGGCAUGUACGCCCUCACCAUGCGCCUGCUGCCCCUGCUCUGUGUGGGCUGGAGUCACGGCCUGCGGAUGGCAGUACCGCCAUCAGUCCACCUAACAGGCCUUAUCACGGUCAUCACUUUCACCUCCGUCACUGUCACAGUGUCUCAGGGUCUCCCGUCAGUGGAGGUUCUGGAGUGUCUCUACGCCCCGCUGGCCCUCCUUCUCCACAGCCUUUCUCUGACCUGGCUGGCCAAGGUGGCUGAGACCGAGCACCGGCACCACAGCAGCUCCCAUACCUCGCCUUUUGACCUGUACUUCACCCUGAUGGUGAACCAGAGCCUGGUGCUUGGCUUCCUGUGCCUGCUGCACCCAGAGGGCCCCCGGGCACUGGGCGAGGGUAGCUGGCACAGCCUGCUCUUCAUGGGCUACCUGCUGGCCAUACUGCUGCUGGGAGCUCUACAGCACCUCUUGGUGGACAUGGCCGCUCUGACCUUCUCUCCGCUGGCUGCAGCGCUACUCCACACGGCACACGGAUUAACAAGACCGUUGUACAGCCUGAUGAUCCAACAUGGAGGAGGAUGAAGUUGACUCUAGAGACUAGUCAGAAGUCAGUUGCCUCCCUCAAAUCAAAUUGCAUUUGUCACAUACACAUGGUUAGCAGAUGUUAAUGCGAGUGUAGCAAAAUGCUUGUGCUUCUGGUUCCGACAGCGCAGUAAUAUCUAACAAUUCCCCGACAUCUACCUAAUACACACAAAUCUAAAAAGGGUUGAAUGAGAAUAUGUACAUAUGGAUGAGCGAUGGCCGAGCGGCAUAGGCAAGGUGCAAUAGAUGGUAUAAAAUACAGUAUAUGCAUGACAUUACAUAUAAACAUUAUUACAGUGGCAUUGUUUAAAGUGACUAGUGAUCCAUUUGUAAAAGUGGCCAGUGAUUGGGUCUCCAUGUAGGCAGCAGCCCCUCUGAGUUAGUGAUUGCUGUUUAGCAGUCUGAUGGCCUUGAGAUAGAAGCUGUUUUUCAGUCUCUCAGUCCCAGCUUUGAUGCACCUGUACUGACCUCGCCUUCUGGAUGGUAGUGGUGUGAACAGACAGUGGCUCGGGUGGUUAUUGACCUUGAUCUUUUUUGCCUUCCUGUGACAUCGGGUGCUAUAGUUGUCAUGGAGGGCAUGUAGUCUGUCCCUGGUGAUGCGUUGUGCAGACCACACCACCCUCUGUAGAGCCUUGCAGUUGAGGGUGGAGCAGUUGCUGUACCAGGCUGUGAUACAGCCUGACUGGAUGCUCUCGAUUGUGGAUCUGUAAAAGUUAAUGGUUAAAGGGAGGAUUUGGUAAGGAUAAUCUUUUCCUAGAUCUGUCUAUAUGGUCAACUUCUACCAGUAGAAGGAUAGUUGUACUACAGAGCAGUAUUAUUCACUCUCUGUAGUACAAAGUCUUCAACUCCCUAGGUGCAGCGCUUUAAUUACCAGCGCUGUGUUCCUUCUUAUCCUGUAUAUCAUACUUACUACUGAACCUAUAUAAAAUGGUUUGAAAAGACACUCAAUAUGUAGGGAGACUGGAUAAAAUCUUUGCACUGGAUUAUCAACCAUACAGAAAUGAUCCAAAUGUGACUGGGAAUGUCAUAAGGCUGCUACUUUAGAGUGGUGUAAUUGAUAAACUAAAUGAUAAGCAUUACAGUUCAAGUGUUAACCGAUAAAGAUACCGUCUACCUCAAGGUUUUUCAAAUCCCCACAUGCAACAAUAAAAGUUAACAGUAGCUAGGUUUCCAUCCAAUCAUGUGAAUAUAUGCAUAAAGAACCAACUUGUUGGGGAUAAUAUAACAUAUGCCAUUUAGCAGACGCUUUUAUCCGAAGCAACUUAGUCGUGCGUGUAUAGGUUUUACAUAUGGACGGUCACGGGAAUCGAACCCACUACCCUGGCAUUACAAGCACCAUGCACUACCAACUGAGCUACAAAAGACAAAUGAUAAAAAGCAAGCACAUGACAAUCAAAUUACUAGAAUAAUCUUGAACUUUAUAAGGUAAAUGUCAGCCAUUUCGGUCUGGGAGUUGGUCAACCAUGGUUUGCCAGUGCUAUAAAUAAGAUAGUGUAAAAUAAUGAAUUUGAAGAAUGUAUAUGCACUGUAUGUUUGAUAGCUAGCCAGCCAAAUUUAGAGGAAUGAUUCCAUGCAUUUUUCCAACUGCCAAUAUUCAAUUCAAACGACACAGUCAAUCCACUGACAUACAAUACACUGGCUGAAAUCAGUUAAGACUUUUGUAAAUUCAUGUAGAUGUACCGAAUAAAAACCAGUUCAAUGUG